GAGCCCCCGCAGCCAGGCCCGAGCUCUCCGCGCCCCUUGGCCUCGGGAGCAGCGUGUCCCCGAUGACUUCUGACACUGCGUAUCCGCCAAUUCAAGAUGAACAGUGAUCAAGUUACACUGGUUGGUCAAGUGUUCGAAUCCUAUGUUUCGGAAUACCAUAAGAAUGAUAUUCUUCUAAUCUUGGAGGAAAGUGACGAAGAUGCUCAUUACCCAGUUGUGGUUAAUGCCAUGACCCUUUUUGAGACUAACAUGGAAAUUGGGGAAUAUUUCAACGCAUUUCCAAGUGAAGUACUAACAGUUUUUGAUAGCGCUCUGCGAAGAUCAGCCUUGACAAUUCUCCAAUCCCUUUCUCAACCUGAGGGUGCUUCUAUGAAGCAGAAUCUUCAUGCCAGGAUAUCAGGUUUACCUGUUUGUCCUGAGCUGGUGAGGGAGCACAUCCCUAAAACCAAGGAUGUGGGACACUUUUUAUCUGUCACUGGGACAGUAAUUCGAACAAGCCUGGUGAAGAUCCUGGAGUUUGAGCGAGAGUACAUGUGUAACAAAUGCAAACAUGUAUUUGUGGUCAAGGCUGACUUUGAGCAGUAUUAUACCUUCUGCCGGCCAUCCUCCUGUCCCAGCUUGGAGAGCUGUGAUUCUUCAAAAUUCACUUGCCUCUCAGGCUUGUCUUCAUCUCCAACUAGGUGUAGAGAUUACCAGGAAAUCAAAAUUCAGGAACAGGUGCAGAGGCUAUCUGUUGGAAGUAUUCCACGAUCUAUGAAGGUUAUCCUGGAAGAUGACUUAGUAGACAGUUGCAAAUCUGGUGAGAAACAACUUUUGCUAGCUUAUAUAAGAUGUCCUAAA